AUGGCGUCGAAGUUCGUACUUGCGCCGCGGCCAUGGCUGAGCCUAUCGAUGAGCCGUAGUCAGUGGAUCCCUCCGGUACGUGCUCUCCAGCGCGCGUACGCCCAUACAGAAGCAGGUUCUCCGUCAGAGUCGCUGCCAAAAGAGCGCAUGACGACGCCGUUGAAAACGCCUCCUCAAGAAGAGACCGUUCGUGAGAAGCGCUCCAAGAUUUCAGAAAAGAUUCAGCAGCGCUCGCAGCGCAAAGCAGCUCUAACACUUACGCCGACCGCCGUUGAGCAUGUUCGCAAACUGAUGGAAGCCAGCGAUGGGCCCAAGCUGUUACGUGUGAGCGUGAAGAACAAGGGUUGUGCAGGUAUGAGCUACCACCUGGAAUACGUCACGCCAGGGCAAGAAGGCAAGUUUGACGAGCGUGUGAAGCAGGAUGGCGUGGAAGUGUUGAUUGAUUCUCGUGCCCUGUUCAGCGUCAUUGGCUCAGAAAUGGACUGGCAAGAGGAUCGGAUGUCGGCCAAGUUUGUCUUUAACAACCCCAACAUCAAAGAUGCCUGUGGCUGUGGCGAGUCCUUUAUGGUCUGA